AAAAAAAACUAGCUGCGCCAUAAGUUUUCUUCCUUGUACCUAUCAGGAACUCGCAGGUAGCAUACAAAACUUAUAACUGUACCAGUGGCAGUGUCCUUAUGAUGUCAAAUAAACAAUUAUCUCAAAGAAAAAACUAGCUGCGCUAUAUGUUUUCUUCCUUGUACCUAUCAGUAACUCGCCGGUUGCAUACAAACCUAUAAUUCUACCGUGCUGCUGCUGCUGAUGGUGUAAGGUCGUCUCCUCCACUUUGGUUUCUCCUAACACUUGGACACUAUAUCUUGGUGUCUCCAUAUCCAAAGCAAGAAAAAUUCCACAUCAUCCAUGAAGACUUGCAAGCCUAGCCUGCCAGGUGCCAGGGCAGCUCCUCCAUAGCCUGUCGACAACAUCACUGUAGACUAGCAGCAUAGGAUGACCAGCCCAACCGAGAUCCUCUCCGUGGCGCUGCUCAUCACGGGCGUCUCCCUGAUGCUCGCCGUCCACAUCCUCGUGGUCUUCUGGGCCCUGCGGCGGGGGCUCGGCUCCCGCGGCACGUCCCACACCGACGAGGAACGCGCGGCGGACGGCUGCGGCGGCAGAGGGGGACUGUCGGCCGGCGAGCUCGGCGCGCUGCCGUGCUACGACUUCAAGGCCGCCGCAGCCGACGGCGGCGGCGCCGGUACCGGGAGCGGGGACUGCGCGGUGUGCCUCGAGGCGUUCGAGCCCGGCGAUCGGUGCCGGCGGCUGCCGCGAUGCGAGCACAGCUUCCACGCCGAGUGCGUGGAUUCGUGGCUGAGGAAGAGCAGCGCGUGCCCCGUGUGCCGCGCCGACGUGGUGGACCGGCCGCCGAAGGGCGAGGGAAAGGCGGCGGCGGCGGGAGAGGCCGGGGUGCCAGGGGCUCUGGAGAUGGCGGAGCGGAGGAGCCCGGUCGCAUGGGGGGUCGUCGCUGAAAGAUAGCCAAAGGUAUGGCCAGACCGCCGGAGCGGCGGAGCCUCAAGCCGGCUUACAUAGGGGUGUUAGUAUUGCAUACACAAGAUUUGUGUUGUUUUGUGCAAGCUUGUACAUAUAUAUAACCGUGCUAUUUGGACUGUGAAAUUCCAUGAUCCAAAAGAAUAAGUUCAUCCGUGAAUUCAUAUUUCAUUA